AUGGCAAGCACUCGGGACUCCCACUCAUUCGCAUGUGACGAGUGCCGUCUAAGAAAAUCAAGAUGCUCGAAGGACCGGCCCGUUUGUCUACAAUGCCAGCAACUUGGCAAGGAUUGUAGAUAUAGUCCCAAAGUCACACGAAGCCCUCUCACACGACAGCAUCUGACAUAUGUUGAAGACCGCUUGCAUGCAUUCGAAACUGCGUUGAGUCGACUGUUCCCCGGUGGUGACCUCGAUGCCACUCUUCGAUCGCUUUUACAGAACCCAGAGAUCCCUCAAGCUCCGUCGUCAAAGUCGUCGUCGAGACACUCGACCCCAGCGAAAGUCGAUGCCGAGCGAACCGAGCCUGCGCCCGAGGCGUUGCCCAAACAGGCGGAUGGCUUCGAUUGGGCCGAGAAGGAGCUUGUACUAGGAGAUUUGGCAGACGGAAUGGCCGCUCUGUCCAUCAAACCCGAGGGAGCAGGAUACUUUGGAGCAUCCUCCAGUGUCGUCCCAUUGAGAGCACUAUUUGACCACGGAUUCGACCUCAAUGUACCAGUCCGUGCAUCAAGAUCGGGUGGUGUACCUCUCAAAGCACAGCUUCUGCAGAGCGCGCCCUCCGGCCUGAUCGAGCAAGCUUUCAUUGACGCCUACUUCUUGAACUAUCACACAAGCUACCCGUUUGUUCAUGAACCCACAUUUCGAGCACAGUUCAACGAUCCAUCUCUGCGCCCCCACGGGGCCGCCUGGCAGAUUCUUCUCAACACGAUUCUAGCACUGGGAGCAUGGAGUAUCGGAGACGACAGCUCAGACCUCGACGUCACAUUCUACCAGGAAGCGCGGGCCUGUCUACAGCAAUUCUCGGUGUUCGAGAUAGGAAACUUGACCCUUGUCCAGGCCCUGUUAUUGUUGAGUAAUUAUGCGCAAAAACGAAACAAACCUAAUACUGGCUGGAACUACCUGGGAUUGGCUGUACGCAUGGCCAUGAGCUUGGGUCUGCAUAAAGAAUUCCCGGGUUGGAAAAUCAGUCUUCUGCAAAGAGAGAUGCGUCGCCGAUUGUGGUGGGGAGUCUUCAUUUUUGACAGUGGUGCUGCCAAAACCUUUGGUCGGCCCAUUCUUCUUCCUGAAGAGUGUGUAAUGGACUGCAAACAAGUCCUCAACGUUCACGACGAGGCAUUAACUCCAGAAACAAUAACGUUGCCCCUCGAAUCUUCGGGGCCUACGCUCUACUCUGGAUUGAUCGCUCAAACUCAGUUCCAUCUUCUGACAAACGGCGUAUAUCAACGGCUGAUAUCUACCCCAAGCAUCACUCCAGAAGAGACCAUGGGCCUUCAAAAGCCCAUGGAAGAAUGGUACAAUGGUCUACCACCGUACAUGCGCUACCCUUUACAGCCUCUUGCUGUACCACCUACCAAGCCAGAUCCGGACAAUCUCGCGCUCGUUCGGUACCGUCUACUCUGGCGGAAUUGGAACCUGACUAUUCUCAUUUACCGUCCGAUCGUCCUCCGUUGGGCGGCCCGUCGCUGGGGUCCCUUAGGAGGCAGCUCCGACGGAGCAUCAGUCGCGUCCGACGGAGGGAAUGAGGACCCUUGCGAGACUCAAUGCCGUGUUCGCUGCCUCCAGAAUGCCCGUCUCACCAUCACCUCAAUAUCUGAGUACAUGGACAACUUCAUGUGCACCAGGAUUGGUGCAUGGUACAUGCUCUACUUCCUUUUCCAAGCCGGACUUAUUCCGAUCGUGUUCCUUAUGACGGACCCUUCAAGCCCUGAUGCCUCAAGCUGGCUCCAAGAUAUUGAGACCACCAAGGCACUUUUGAUGCACCCAUCAUUGGGGCACAAUCAGCUUGCCCAGCGAUGCUACGAAGUCAUCAAUCGACUUUUAGGUCCAUCCCCGACUAUAAUGUCGUCCUUUGCUUCUCAAGGCAAUAUUCAUCAACCCUACCAUCAGCAGCAGCAGGCUCCGCAGCAGGGAUUCAUGCCGUUCCCAGAACACAUAUUCAACGACCCUGGAUUCGGAGGGGGUUUGUUCCCGGUUGAUCAUGGCAUGCCCAACCAAAGUGGGAUGGACUUUUCGGAAUGGGUCAAUUAUCCUGUUGUCGAAUAA